AUGUCUAUGCUUACUCGUAUCCACCAAAGCUUCCAUAGCACCCGAUAUCCUCGUUUCUGCCCACUUCCUGAAAGACCAAUAGGAGAGGAAGUUCCAAUUUCUGCUUACAAUUUCGAAACCGAGCCGUUGAUUCAGGAAAAGUCACCCAUGGACGUCCAGGAGCUCCUAGAUUUUAAAGGCAUUGACGAUCUACAAUUGAAGGCACUUGUGGAAGAGCACCACUUUAGAACUCGUAUCAAGAGACGAUUCAGGCGAGUGGCUGCUUACCUUUUCAAGAAAGAAACGCCCAUGCUUCUUUCCAAAAAGGUGCUUUGUGAAGAAGGAAUACCGUCUUUUUACAAGGCCGCCAAAAAGGAAAAACCCAAGCCGAGAGUCUUCCGUCGUUAUGUGGACCCUCUAGAAUACAAGUUGCCGAAGUACAAGUGUCUCAAACAGCAGAUGGAGAACCAGCUUCCGUAUGAUUAUCCGGACACUUUUGGGAAUGAUUCAGACUGCUCAAGUAUAGAGUUUGAGGAGAAUGUUGAGUCUUUUGGCUCCUUUGUGGGGUCACAGAAUCAGGAGGACCAAGGGAAAGGAGGUGAAGCUGAUCAGGCUUUAAAGGUAUCUUCUCCAGCAGGCUCUCAAAGCCAAAUGCAUAAUGAGUCUUCACUGACGCCUAAUUUGUCCCUUGAAGAUACAGCGAUUGGAUUAUGCAAAAUCAAAACCAUGCCUGGUGAAGUAGGCAAUUUGGGGACCUACUGUUCCACAAAUGCACUUCAAAGCACAGACUUGAAGUAUCACCCCUUCAAGACCACUGGAGGCACUCUAGGACUGAAAAUUCAGAACACACUCGAGAAGCUCCAGCAAAGCACUCAAGUGAAUAUCGUUGCGUCUGAAAAUAGUGAUCUUGGUAAAACAAGGGACGAGAGGAUUGUGUUUCACCUGUCACGGCAGCUAGGACUAAGGAGGUGCAAAACAAGCGGAAACUAG